AAAUAUAAAAUUUGGGCCGGAGCGAGAUGGCGACUCUCGGGAGGUUGAGUGUCCUUUGCGGUGCCCAAGGAAGUCGAGCUGUGUUCCUCCGAAGCCUGGUGGUGAGACCCACUCAUGUCACAGUAUUUCUCCAGGACUGGCCUUCCCCAGGAUGGUGUGGAGUGCAGCAUAUUCACCUGUCACCAAGUCGCCACUCUGGUUCCAAGGCUGCAUCCCUCCACUGGACUGGCGAGAGAGUUGUCAGUGUUUUGCUCCUAGGCUUGCUUCCAGCUGCUUAUUUGAAUCCAUGCUCUGCAAUGGACUACUCCUUGGCUGCAGUUCUGUCUCUUCAUAGUCACUGGGGCCUUGGACAAGUUGUUACUGACUACGUGCAUGGGGAUGCACCACAGAAAGCUGCCAAGGCAGGCCUUCUGGCACUCUCGGCUUUAACCUUUGCUGGCCUUUGUUAUUUCAACUAUCGCGAUGUGGGCAUCUGCAAAGCUGUCGCCAUGCUGUGGAAGCUCUGACCUUCCUGACUUAAUGCCUUAAGAAUUGAUUUUAUGCCUCUGCUUUGUCAUGCAUUCAACUCACCAAAAGGAGGAAGUAACAGAUUAAGGCCAUGGGUGUACAAACUUGUCCCAAUCACAUGGUUAUUUUCAGAAUUUACUCACUGAGAGAAAGAUUUGAGAAUUGCUAGCUAAGGAGUUGCGAGACUGAGUUUUGCAUUCUGGUAAGUUGUCGCCCAGUUUCUCAUGAGACUCGCAGUGUAACUAAGCAUUGUCUGUGAGCCUUUGCCUUUUAAUUUAUCAGUCUCUUAAAGGGAACUGAGCUUUACUGCUAUCAGUACAAGAUCAGACUCUUCCAUAGUUGUCCUAGGAAUAAAGGACAAAGGGAAAGACUUAAUUCAUGAGUAAAGACUGUGGAAAAUUAGUGCUGAAUAUUUGCAAAUCUCCCACUCUGUUCAGAUGAUAGCAGCUCCUGGUGGUUACAUGUCCUAGGGAAACCUCAAAAUUAGGAAAUGCUGAUAACGCACAUUACAGAUUUUUAAAUGCUACAAAGAAAAGCUUAGAAAACUUCAUCUAAAGAAGUUCCAUUUGGAAAGUGGUCCUCCUGGUAGAUGUAAUAAACACUUCAAAUUCUAAACUAAAACUUAAUGCUCAAAUGUUUGAUUUGUCCUAAAAUAAUCUGUGCAUAAAUAUAAAACUGUAAGUAAUUGUUAUUUCCCACUCUGUCAAUCUUGAGAAAAUGCAUUCAUUGAGAAGAAUUUUUUAAAAAUAAAAUGUAUAAUAAAAAAUAUAUAUAUAUAAAAUUUGGGACCAGUGCUGUGGCACAAUGGCUUAAGCUGUUUUGUGCAGUGCCGGCACCCCAUAUGGGCACUGGUUUGUGUCCUGGCUACCUCACUUCUGGUCCAGUUCCCUUAUGAUGUGCCUGAGAAUGCAUUGGAGGAUCAGAGGAUGGUCCAAGUCCCUGGGUCCCUGCCACCCUCAUGGGAGAUAGGAGGAUCCUGGCUCCUGGCUUCAGCCUGGCCCAGUCCUGGCCAUUGUGACUAUUUGGGGAGUAAACCAGAACAGUGGAUGGAAGACCUUUCUUUCUCUCUUUUUUAUCUCUGCCUUUCAAAUAAAUGAAUAAAUCUAAAAUAAAAAAAUAUAAAAUUUAAGUGCUGUAUAAUUUUCAAUUGAGAUAGCUUUCUUUAGUAGAAAUAAUCUUUUGACAAAAGAGUAAAUAUAUAUCAGAGUAACUUCUGAAAUUUGGAGAAGGCACACAACUUCGAGAUUCCCAGGAGGAAAGAAGGAAUGGAAAUUAAUAGAGGCCAGCGCCGUGGCUCACUAGGCUAAUCCUCCACUUUGCGACGCCGGCACACCGGGUUCUAGUCCCAGUCGGGGCACCGGAUUCUGUCCUGCUUGCCCCUCUUCCAGGUCAGCUCUCUGCUGUGGCCAGGGAGUACAGUGGAGGAUGGCCCAAGUGCUUGGGCCCUGCACCCCAUGGGAGACCAGGAGAAGCACCUGGCUCCUGCCAUCGGAUCAGCGUGGUGUGCCGGCUGCAGCGCGCCGGCCACGGUGGCCAUUGGAGGGUGAACCAACGGCAAAGGAAGACCUUUCUCUCUGUCUCUCUCUCUCACUGUCCACUCUGCCUGUCAAAAAAAAAAAAAAAAAAAAGAAAUUAAUAAAAAAGAUCUGAGAAGCUCCUUGAUUCUCAGUUGGGCUGAUUACUGAGCAUCUUCCCCUAUAGAAGCCACUCCAUAAAGACCAGGAGAGUUGACUACUUCAGAAAGCUACAAAAAAUAUGAAGAAAUGGUGAAAUAUGACACAACCGAAGGAUAUAAACAUCUAGUAAAUGAACCUGAAGAAAUGGACUUCUGUGAAUUGCCUGAUGAAGAAUUCAAAAUAAUUAUCAUAAAAUUCUGUGAGUUGCAACAAACAGAGGUAGACAACUGAGCAAAAUCACAGAUAUGAUACAUGAGCAUCAUGAAAAUAUCAAUAGAUAGAAACCAUUUGAAACAAAAAGCAAAAAAAAAAAAAAAAAACUGAACCAUUACUGAACCAUUCAGACUUUCUGCAGCUGAAGAACAUAGUAACUGAACUGAAAAGUUCAAUGGAAAGCUACAAUAGAAUUCUUGAUCAAAUAGAAGGAUGAAUCAGUGAAUUCGGGGUUUAUUUGAAAUUACCUAUUCAGAGGAACAAAAAGGAAAAAACAAUAAAAAAGGAUGAAGUAAGCCCAAGGAAAUUAAGGGACAUAAUCAAGCAUACCAGUUGAUGCACUAUGGGAUUAAGUGAAAGUUAAAGAGAAAAAGGACAAAAAAUUUACUUAAAUAAAUGAUGUAUGGAGGCAUCCACAAUUUGGGAAGGGAAAUGGAUAUCACUUCUUGAAGACUAUAAAAUGCUGUUAAGAUAAACUGAAAGAAAUCCAAACCAAGGCAUAUUAUAAUCAAAUUGUCAAAAGCCAAAGACAGGAAUUUUAAAAGCAAGUAGAAAAAGGAACUCACCAUGUACAAGGGAAUGUUGGUAUAAGACCAUCAACAGAUUUCUACGAAGAGAUGUUGCAUGCAACAAGGAAGUAGGAUGUUAUAGUCAAAGUACUGAAGGGAAAAAAAAAAGAGGAAAAAAAAAAAAAACCCCAGCUGUUAAUCAAGCAUGUUAAACCCAGAAAAGAUGUU